CGGGAGGCAGUGGAGGCCGUGGUGAGGAGCUUUGCCAAGCACACGCAGGGCUAUGGCCGAGUGAACGUGGUGGAGGCGCUUCAGGAAUUCUGGCAGAUGAAGCAGUCCCGUGGGGCUGACUUGAAGAAUGGCGCUCUCGUGGUUUAUGAGAUGGUUCCCUCCAACACCCCUCCCUAUGUCUGCUACGUCACCCUGCCUGGGGGAAGUUGCUUUGGGAGUUUCCAGUUUUGCCCCACUAAAGCUGAGGCCCGGCGGAGCGCUGCGAAGAUUGCACUAAUGAACUCUGUGUUUAACGAACAUCCUUCCCGAAGGAUCACUGAUGAGUUCAUUGAGAAGAGUGUCUCUGAGGCCCUGGCAUCUUUCAAUGGCAACAGGGAGGAAGCUGACAACCCAAAUACUGGGAUUGGUGCCUUCCGAUUCAUGUUGGAAUCCAACAAGGGCAAGUCAAUGUUGGAAUUCCAGGAGCUAAUGACAGUUUUUCAGCUGCUGCACUGGAACGGCAGCCUUAAGGCCAUGAGGGAACGGCAGUGCUCUCGGCAGGAAGUGUUGGCUCACUAUUCACACCGGGCCCUGGAUGAUGACAUUCGUCACCAAAUGGCACUGGACUGGGUGAGCCGGGAGCAGAGUGUGCCAGGGGCGCUGUCUAGAGAGCUGGCCUCCACUGAGCGGGAGCUGGACGAAGCCCGGCUGGCAGGCAAGGAGCUGCGCUUCCACAAGGAGAAGAAAGAUAUCCUCAUGCUGGCUGCUGGGCAGCUGGGCAACAUGCACUCUUCCAACUGCUAGGCCCCCACCCACGUAGCGCCCACCCUCUCCGGGCCCUUUUUAAUAUGUCCUUUCUAAGAUCUCCUAUGAUUUCUGUACAUACUUGCCCAAUUUUAUACUUUAAAAAUAUACAUAUGCAUAUAUAUACAUACAUAUGUAUGUAUAAAUUCUGCACCUGGAUCCCUUUUUGCUAAGAGACCUCUUUUCUUCUAGUUUUUUGAUGGACUUUCAUUUGAAACAUCUCCACUCCACUUUACAAGAAGAGCAGGCUGCCUUUGGAGCUUUGCUGGCUUUGACACUCCCAGAAAUUCUGUGUAGUCAUUUCAGUAGCACAAGAUUAACUGUUCAUGUCUCCUUCUUUUACAAUAACAGGGAGCUUGAGUAGGACUCUGUCCCCCCACCCCUUGCCUGCUUUCUCUUAGACUCAAAGAGGUUAUGAAUAUGAAGCCUUCAGCUUCAGUUUAUCUUGAGCUGGGCCUACUCGGUACCAAGUUGUUCCUCCAGUAAUGACAUCCCCUAACCUACACCACGCCUCUUCACCACUACCUUACUCCCCCUCUGACUCCAGUUGGUACGAGGUAGGAACUGGAGAUCUGGCUUCUCAUGAUUAAAGUCAUUCCUGAGAAAGUGCCGAGGAACGAGAGAGGAAUUAUAAACACAAUUCACAAGGGCUUGUCACCUAUGGCUUCUGGGCCAUCCAUUUCUGGAUGUAGUCUACUUUACAGAAGGAAUCAGGGUUGGAGUUGCUUAUCUUUCAAUAUUCCCUUUCACUCCUGCUCCCCGGCCCCCUUAGCUUAGUUAAGCCCCAUAUUUAACCUUCCUGCCUGCAGAGAUUGGUAGAAGGCAAAACAUGUUUCCCUCCUCACUCUCCUGCCAUCAUUUUGCUCUUUGGAAAGAUUAUCUGUCCUAUUUGAUGAGGGCCAAGUUCCUCUCACUGCCACAAAGUUGCUGCUGUCUACUACCUUAGAUGUUCAUACCUUAGAUUCAGAUUUGUUGUUUUCUUUCCUCUUUCUCCACAUUGAUUAUUAGAGCAUGAAUUGAUCAGGUAAAUUAGAUGACACUUUAGCAUUAUGGCACUUCCUAAAUGGAAUGUUGGGAGACUGCAGGAAGGGAAAGAGAAUCAGUGAUCAGCUAUUUGCGUUUUUAAUACUGUUCUCUUCCCCACCACUCUCCUGGGUGGAAUAGGAGAGGAAUGAUCUGGAGUACAGGUAAAACACUCACCUUUGGGAGAAUUUUGUGUAGAUCUCUCUAAGAUAUAUUCCCCCCUUGUUUCUGUAGUCUCCUUUAUACAAUAUUACAGCUCAGUGCACUUUCUAAACUGAGCUUGGGAAGUUUAAUGUUUCUACAAUUUGACUUUCCAUUCAAUGAUUAUACACUUUGCUUUCAGAAAUAGGUUAGGAAACAGGCCACAAAUAUUCUCUUUUGGAUCAGAUAGGGACAAGAUGAAAGCGAGCUUUCUCUCUUUUGAAACCAUUUAUGGGAUCAAAGGUAUGGUAUCGAGCAACACAUGUACCAGUGCUUGAAAGGGACUUCCUUGAAUUCUCCAAGCCCCUUCUCUGUAUUCCAUGAAAUACAUGUAGGGUUGGUGCAGACGCUCCUGUGUUCAGCAACAGGUGUGUCUAUUCAGUUUUUACUGAUAUUUAUAAUCCAGAAAUCAUAAACCUUCAUUUCUACGCUCCUUUCUCUGGGAAGUGUUAAGGGGUGUGAGUUGUGGGAAGAACUUACCUUUGCACCUCCUGGAUUUACUAUUUUUCUCUAAUACCAACCAGUAAGAUCCCGAAGAACUUGAGAAAAAUUGUUCCCUGAUCUGUACACUUUUGGUGUUAAAGAUUUUACUUACCUUUUUAGUACUUUCUAUGUAUUUUAUAUGUAUAAUUUUAUACAAUUAAAAUAGUUUUUUGUCUAGUGUGCCA